UAAGGGUUCAGGACACAGCUCAAGUGGUAAAGCGCCUGUCUGGCAAGCUCAAGGCUCUGAGUUCAAACCCCAGUGUCGAAAAACAAAACCAAACCAAUGGGGCAGUAGGAUGUGUCUGGCAUCGCCAGGAGCCAGUCACCGUACAGGAGGGAGGGUGGGAUAGCCUACUGCUGUCCCCAUGUGGGCCAGGGCUGGACUCAGUGCAGGACCGUAUAUGAUGGGUAGCAGUAGACACAGAUGUGGGGCCUGUAGUAGCCCUGGUAGUAGCCUUGGUCUUCCCUGUGGAGCCUGUAGUCUGGAUGUUUCUCUUGGCAGGCUCCCACCCAGCUGUGCCCUCCACCCAGUUUGUAUGUGGGUGGGAUACUCGAGGUGACUGGGGUGGCUGUAGGGUGGGAUGGGGCCUGGCUGAUGCUCCUGGUCCUAAGCUUCCAAGGUCGGCCUGGCCAGUGUCCCCGCUGCCCAUUGUCCUGGCCCCUGUAAGGUCUGCAUCCUUCUCCUGCCCAGCUGCUCCAUUGUCCUUGAGGUUGGUUUCUCUAGCCUGUGCCACAUUCCGGGGUGGGGCUGGUGUGUGAUGCAGUUGACUGACUCUGAUGCUCCCAAAGAGGAGCUGCUGAUCGAGCGGGUGUCCCACGCGGGCAUGAUCAACCCUGAGGACCGCUGGAAAAGCCUGCACUUCAGUGGCCACGUGGCACACCUGGAGCUGCAGAUCCGUGUGCGCUGCGAUGAGAACUACUACAGCGCCACCUGCAACAAGUUCUGCCGGCCUCGCAAUGACUUCUUUGGCCACUACACCUGCGACCAGUACGGCAACAAGGCCUGCAUGGAUGGCUGGAUGGGCAAGGAGUGCAAGGAAGCCGUGUGUAAACAAGGAUGUAAUUUGCUCCAUGGGGGAUGCUCCGUGCCUGGGGAGUGCAGGUGUAGUUACGGCUGGCAGGGCAAGUUCUGUGACGAGUGUGUCCCAUACCCCGGCUGUGUACACGGCAGCUGUGUGGAGCCCUGGCAUUGUGACUGUGAGACCAACUGGGGCGGCCUGCUCUGUGACAAAGACCUGAACUACUGUGGCAGCCACCACCCCUGUAUCAAUGGGGGGACCUGCAUCAAUGCUGAGCCUGAUCAGUACCACUGCACCUGCCCAGAUGGCUACUCGGGCAAGAACUGCGAGCGGGCUGAGCACGCCUGUGCCUCCAACCCGUGCGCCAAUGGGGGCUCUUGCCAUGAGGUGCCAUCUGGCUUCGAAUGCCACUGCCCAUCAGGCUGGAGUGGACCCACCUGCGCACUUGACAUCGAUGAGUGUGCGUCCAACCCUUGUGCGGCUGGCGGCACCUGUGUGGACCAGGUGGAUGGCUUCGAGUGCAUCUGCCCCCAGCAGUGGGUGGGGACCACCUGUCAGCUGGACGCCAAUGAGUGUGAAGGGAAGCCGUGCCUUAAUGCUUUUUCUUGCAAAAACCUGAUUGGCGGCUAUUACUGUGAUUGCCUCCCAGGCUGGAAGGGCAUCAACUGUCACAUCAACAUCAACGACUGUCAUGGGCAGUGUCAGCAUGGUGGCACCUGCAAGGACCUGGUGAAUGGGUACCAGUGCGUGUGCCCGCGGGGAUUUGGAGGCCGGCAUUGUGAGCUGGAACGUGCUGAAUGUGCCAGCAGCCCCUGCCGUGGGGGUGGCAUCUGCGAAGACCUGUGGAAUGGCUUCCGCUGCCACUGCCCCCGAGGCCUCUCUGGGCCACUCUGCGAGGUGAAUGUGGACUUGUGUGAGCCGAGCCCUUGCUUGAACGGUGCUCGCUGCUACAACCUGGAGGGGGACUAUUACUGCGCCUGCCCCGAGGACUUUGGUGGCAAGAACUGCUCAGUGCCCAGGGAGCAGUGCCCUGGGGGGGCCUGCAGAGUGAUUGAUGGCUGCGGGGUAGAGGCAGGGUCCAGGGUGCCUGGCAUGGCACCCUCCGGUGUGUGUGGCCCCCACGGGCACUGCGUCAGCCAGCCUGGGGGCAACUUUUCCUGUGUCUGCGACAGCGGCUUCACAGGCACCUACUGCCAUGAGAACAUUGACGACUGCCUGGGCCAACCCUGCCGCAAUGGGGGCACGUGCAUUGAUGAGGUGGACUCCUUCCGCUGCUUCUGCCCCAGUGGCUGGGAGGGCGAGCUCUGUGACACCAAUCCCAACGACUGCCUCCCCGACCCCUGCCACAGCCGCGGCCGAUGCUACGACCUGGUCAAUGACUUCUACUGCGCUUGUGAUGAUGGAUGGAAGGGCAAGACCUGCCAUUCGCGCGAGUUCCAGUGUGACGCCUACACCUGCAGUAAUGGUGGCACGUGCUACGAUAGUGGGGACACCUUCCGCUGCGCCUGCCCACCAGGCUGGAAGGGCAGCACCUGCACCAUUGCCAAGAACAGCAGCUGCCUGCCCAACCCCUGCGUGAAUGGGGGCACCUGUGUGGGCAGCGGUGACUCGUUCUCCUGCAUCUGUCGGGAUGGCUGGGAGGGCCGCACCUGCACACACAACACCAAUGACUGCAACCCUCUGCCCUGCUACAAUGGUGGCAUCUGCGUUGAUGGUGUCAACUGGUUCCGCUGCGAGUGUGCACCUGGCUUCGCGGGUCCUGACUGCCGCAUCAACAUCGACGAGUGCCAGUCCUCUCCCUGUGCCUAUGGGGCCACCUGUGUAGAUGAGAUUAAUGGGUACCGCUGCAGCUGCCCACCAGGCCGAACUGGCCCCCGGUGCCAGGAUGUGGUCGAGUUUGGGAGGUCCUGCUGGUCCCGGGGCAUGCCGUUCCCACAUGGGAGCUCCUGGGUGGAAGACUGUAACACUUGCCGUUGCCUGGAUGGCCACCGGGACUGCAGCAAGGUGUGGUGUGGAUGGAAGCCUUGUCUGCUAUCUGGCCAGCCUGAUGCCCUGAAUACCCAGUGCCCACCUGGACAGCAGUGCCAGGAGAAGUCUCCGGGCCAGUGCCUGCAGCCGCCCUGUGAGGCCUGGGGGGAGUGUGGGGCAGAAGAACCCCUGCCACCCAAUACCCCCUGCCUCCCACGCGCUGGGUACUUGGACAACAACUGUGCUCGCCUCACGCUGCGAUUCAGCCGCGACCAACUGCCCCAGGGCACCACUGUGGGCUCCAUCUGCUCUGGGAUCCGCUCGCUGCCUGCCACGAGGGCGGUGGCCCGUGACCGCCUGCUGCUGCUGCUCUGUGACCGGGCGUCCUCAGGGGCCAGUGCUGUGGAGGUAGCCAUGUCCUUCAGCCCUGCAAGGGACCUGCCAGACAGCAGCCUGAUUCAAAGUGCGGCUCAUGCCAUUGUGGCUGCCAUCACGCAGCGGGGAAACAACUCUCUACUGCUGGCUAUCACCGAGGUCAAGGUGGAGACUGUUGUCGUGGGUGGCUCCUCCACAGGCCUACUGGUGCCCGUGCUGUGUAGUGUGUUCAGCGUGCUGUGGCUGACCUGCGUGGUGAUCUGUGUGUGGUGGACACGAAAGCGCAGAAAAGAGCGGGAGAGGAGCCGGCUGCCCCGGGACGAGAGCACCAACAACCAGUGGGCUCCGCUCAACCCCAUCCGCAAUCCCAUCGAGCGGCCUGGUGGCAGCGGCCCAGGAGGUGGGGGCCACAAGGAUGUGCUCUAUCAGUGCAAGAACUUCACGCCGCCGCCACGCAGGGCAGGCGAGGCACUGCCUGGACCAGUGGGCCACGGGGGUGGCGGGGAGGACGAGGAGGACGAGGAGCUGGGUCGUGGAGACGAGGACUCCCCAGAGGCAGAGAAGUUCCUCUCACACAAAUUCACCAAAGACCCCAGCUGCUCUCCAGGGAGGCCAACCCGCUGGGUGGCCUCAGGGCCCAAAGUGGACAACCGCGCAGUCAGGAGUAUCAAGGAUAUGCACUGUGCCGGCAAGGAGUAGGAUGGCAGCUGCUCACUGGGCCGGAACCCAGGGCCCCUCGCUGGGUGCCACACCCCUGCCGAACUAUAGGAGGUUGAGGCCGUGUGCAUAGUUACUUUAUUUUGUGUAAAAAAAAAAACCCACCAAAAACAAAAAACAAAUGUUUAUUUUCUACGUUUCUUUAACCUUGUAUAAAUUAUUCAGUAACUGUCAGGCAGAAAACAAUGGAGUAUUCUCGAUCAUUGCUAUUUUUGUAAAGUGUCUGUGCGUCCCACGCACUGUGGCAGGAAAGCAAAGUGUGUUUGUGUUCUCACCAAAUUGUGUAACGUUUGUUACCAGAGGUCGUGCGCUGUUUACAGAAUCUUCUUUAUUCCUCAGUUGGGUUUCUCUGUGGCUCCAGGCCAAAGAGCUCGUGAGACCUGUGGCUGUUGGUGUGGCCUGAGGCUGUCAUUGGGACCUGUGGCUGUCAGUGGGACCCGUGGCUAUCGGUGGGACCUGUGGCUGUAGGUGGGACCUGUGGUGGUCGGUGUGACCCUACUUACUGGUGUAGCCCUGGUCACCGGCUUACCCCAUGACUGUUAGUGGUGCCUGUGGUUGUCCAUGGGGCUGGAGGUCACCGGUGUGGCCCAAGGCUAGUGAGCAGACCUGGCCUGCUGCCUGGGCAGUCCCUCCAGCCUGCCGUCCUUGCUUCCUCCUGCCCAGAACUCUCCAGAGAUCUCCAACUGUGCUUUCAGAAGUGCCCUUCCCAACUGCUCAGUUUCCCCUCCCGGGACGGUGGCAGUAUUGAAGCUUGUGACAAGUGCCUUCACACAGACUCCCCCUGCAACUGUCAGCGUUUGCCGUGGGCACCAGGCCACUGCCCACCUGCCGGCCCCGGCCACCUUCCUCGUGAAAGUGCAUUUUUGUAAAUAUGUACAUAUUAAAUGAAUCACUCUGUAUAUUUGAUUUAAUAACUUAAAUGCUUUGG